GAGGGCAGAAGAGAUCCAGAGCAGUCAGCGGAGCCAGGCCCCACUCUGGGACAGAGUUGGUGGGCAGAGGCCUCCCCAGCAGCCCGCUCCACAUGGGGAACAGCAUCCGGGCCCUGGUGGCCUUCAUCCCUACUGACCGCUGCCAGAGUUACGUGGUGGGAGACCUCCGGGAGAUGCCGCCCGACAGGAUGGUGGAUCUGAGCGGGAGCCAGCUGCGUCGCUUCCCACUGCACGUGUGCUCCUUCACCGAGCUGGUAAAGCUCUACCUCAGCGACAACCACCUCCACAGCUUGCCUCCGGACCUCGCACAGCUGCAGAACCUGCAGAUCCUGGCCUUGGAUUUCAACAACUUCAGAGCUCUUCCCCAGGUGGUGUGUACCUUGAAACAGCUCUGUAUCCUGUACCUCGGCAACAACAAACUCUGUGACCUCCCGGAUGAGCUCAGCCUGCUUCAGAACCUCCGCACCCUGUGGCUUGAGUCCAACUGCCUCACCAGGCUGCCGGAUGUGGUGUGUGAGCUGAGCCUCCUGAGGACCUUGCACGCGGGGUCCAACGCCCUCCGCCUGCUGCCAGGCCGGCUCCGGCGCCUACGCGAGCUCAGGACUAUUUGGCUCUCAGGCAACCAGCUCGCAGACUUCCCCCCUGUGCUGCUUCACAUGCCCUUCCUGGAGGUGAUCGACGUGGAUCGGAACAGCAUCCGCUGCUUCCCCAGCCUGGCCCACUUGACAAAUCUGAAGUUGGUCAUCUAUGACCACAAUCCUUGUAGAAAUGCCCCCAAGGUGGGCAAAGGGGUGCGCCGUGUUGGGAGAUGGGCGGAGGAGACAGCAGAGCCUGACCCUAGAAAAGCUAGGCGGUACGCACUGGCCAACGAGGAGAGUCAAGGGCCAGCUUCUCUCCUGAGCAGCUCCUGAGUAGGCUAA